AUGCGCCUCAUCAACAUCCGCACACUCGAACUGAAGUCAUACUCUGACGAUGCCAUACUGCGGUACAUCACGCUCUCGCAUCGAUGGCUGAGGGACGAAGAUGAGGUGACGUUCGAAGAGAAUCAGAAAGAUGCGGUGGAAUGGGUCUGGGUCGAUACGUGCUGUAUCGACAAGAGGAGUUCGAGUGAGUUGAGCGAGAGUAUCAAUUCCAUAGCGCGGUGGUAUCAGGAUGCGAGGUUGUGUGUGGCGUAUUUGGCAGAUGUGCCGAAGGGGGCUCCUCAGUCGAAGAUCUGGGAGAGUGAGUGGUUCACGCGGGGGUGGUGUUUGCAGGAGUUGUUGUUUCCCGAGAAUAUUGUGUUUUGCGAUGCGGAGUGGAGGAUUCUGGGGAGGAAGAAGGAUGCGUGGAUUAUCAAGGGGUUGAGUAGGAGGACGGGGGUGGAGGAGGAGUGUCUUUGGGAUCGUGAGGAGAUGUUGGAGCAGUGCGUGGCGAAGAAGAUGAGCUGGGCUAGUCGGCGGGUGACGAAGAGGGUGGAGGAUUUGGCGUAUUGCUUGUUGGGGUUGUUCAACAUUCAGAUGCCGUUGUUGUAUGGAGAGGGGAUGAAUGCUUUCGCGAGGUUGCAGGAGGAGAUUGUCAGGCAAACGGAUGAUGAGUCGGUAUUUGCGUGGACGUUGCCCAAUCGAGAUAUGGAGGACUGGACAAAGCGGGCGCUAUUGGACAGCAAGAUGAUACCGUGCCAUUCAAUCUUGGCACCGCAUCCGAGGUAUUUCGAGACGUGUGGGCGUGUCCAUCUGGCCGGAAACAUGAGGCGACCUCCAUAUCGAAUCACGAACAAAGGACUCGACUGGGGCCCAGGAAAGUCUUCGUGGUCCAAUUGA